UUUCGUUUCGAUCCUCCUGUUUGUUACUCCAUGGAUCCGUCGUUAAAAUAGAUUACCGGUAAACAUUUCCUGCAAUGGCGAGUGGAGCGAGUAAAGAAAUAAAAAAUCUGCUAAAAAAUGCCAAGGAAUCCAUCAAGAACAAAGAUUACAAAGAUGCUUUGAAACACUGUAAAGCAGUAUUAAAGCAAGACAAGGGCAACUACAAUGCAUGGGUGUUUGUUGGUGUGUCUGCUGGUGAAAUGGACCAGCCGGAGCAAGCAAGGAUGGCUUAUAAGAAAGCCAUUGACUCAGAUCCACAGCAGAUCUUAGCAUGGCAGGGUCUGUGUGCAUUCUAUGAGAAACAUAAUAUCCCUGCAUUCAAGGCUGAUCUACAAGAUACUUACAUCAAAAUGAUGCAAAUCUAUGAAAAUACUGACAUGAAAAAAUGGAAAGAGGUUGCCAAAAAACUCGCUCAGUUACAUCUGCAGCUUGGUAAUGAAAUGCAGGCAAUUACAAUAUGGCAGAGUAUCACUAACUGUAAAGAUUUGGAAGAAAAAGAUGGGAUUGAAUCCUGGAUAAAUAUAUCCAAUAUAUUGAUUGGUAUGAAAGUUGUACCACCAGAGUUGACUGAUUUAAUGGAGACAUGCUUGGAUACAGUGUUACACUCGAAUACAUCCAUGACUGAUCCUGAAUUACAGCUUUAUUAUAAGAAAUAUAUCAGUAUUUUAAUGGAUAAAUAUGCAUUUGUUGCUGAGACCGAUAAGGUGGAAAAUGAAUGUUCAAAUAUGUCUACCAAAUUUCCUACUUCAACAUUUCCUCUUGAAGUUUUAUCUAGGUUUUAUUUACAGAGAAAACUAGAUUCUAACUCUACAAGAGCACAUGAAAUAUACACCAGCUUAAACACCAUUGAUCCGUCAUCGUCAAUAUCUAUUAUUGGACAGGGAUUUGUUAAACUGACGAAGAAGGACUUAAUUGGAGCAAGAGAUCUGUUAUUAGAAGGAUUGAAAGGUUUUGAUGACUUCAUCUUUGGCUGGUUAUACUUAUGUCAAUCACAGUGGCACAUCCAUGAUGUAGACAGUGUAGAAGUCUCUGCUAACAAAGCUCUGAAGUUAUUGAAAAGUGAUUCCAAAAUACCAUUAGGCAUUAAGAAACCGAUUGAACACGAGUUACGAUAUAUGUUACAUGAUGCGUGGACGGACAGCCGAAUAUCUGGCAACAUCAAUAAAGCAAUAGCGGCAUAUAGCAAGUUAUUGGAAGAAGACUGUGAUAAUCUUGAGUUGUUACUUGGAUUAUGUAAAUCCUGUAUUGCCAAUAAUGAACUUGACAAGGCUAAAGAGUACAUUGACAAAGCUAUGGAGACUCACAGUACACAGUGUUCAGUGCUGGCUAUGUAUGGAUGGAUACAGUUCUUACAUGGCAAUCUAUCUGAAGCUCUGAAAAGAUUGACAGAUGUUAUUGAGAUGAGUGGUGACAGUGGAUUAUAUUAUUAUUGGUUGGCAAGAAUUAACUGGGAAAUUGGAAAAGAAGAGAGGAUGGAUAGAAAUAAAUGUUUUAAUAAUUUUCUGAAGGCAGCUAAACUUGACCCAUACCAUUCAGAUACCUUCUUGUACUUGGGAUAUUAUUAUGAAAAUGUCACUGGAGAUAUCAAAAAAGCAAAAAGAUGUUACCAGAAAUCAUUUGAUCUUGAUAGAAGAAAUGAUGAAGCAGGAGCUGCCCUGGGUGAUGCGUUGAUUUCUCUUGAUGAACAAGAAUCUGCUCUGCAGCUGUACACCAGUGUAACCAGUCGUGCUAGUGCUGGGUCUGCCAAAUGGGCGUGGCUCAGACUUGGGUUGUAUCAACUCAAAAAGCAAGAAUAUUCUCAAGCAAUUUCUAGUCUACAGUGCGCUCUCAGAGCUGACCCUAAGGACGUGUGUUGUUGGGAAUGUUUAGCCGAAGCUUAUAUGAGUAGAGGAAGUUAUACAGCAGCACUCAGAGCAUUCACCAAAGCGGCCGAGCUUGAUGACAGUUCAAUCUAUUGCCAUUUUCAAAUUGCUGCCAUCAAACAAACACUUGGAUUGUUAAGUGAAGCUGUUGCCGAGUAUACAAUUAUUCUGGUGAAUUCUCCCAAUUAUGUUCCUGCUUUGAAAGGAAUUGGUGAGAGUUAUAUUUCGCUGGCUAAAACCGCUCGCAUUGAGUUUUUCAAUGGAAGAGCAGUCGAUCACAUCGGUAAUGCCGUAAUGUACUUAUCUACUGCAAUAAGAAACAGACCUGAUAUGUCAUGCCAUUGGAAACUUCUCGGCGAUGCUUGCACAAUGAUACAUCCUAUUGACCAUCAUCUAGUCAGGAUCUCGAUUCCAAGAUUUUUGACUGAAAAAGGAUGUAAAGAUGAAGGAGUACAGUUAGUAGGGAAGAUGGAAAUGUUGGCACUGGGGGCAAAAUGUUAUGGUAGAUCUCUGAGUUUGAAACCAGAGUGCAGCCCUCUGUGGCAUGAUUUAGGAGUUAACUACUAUAGACAAGCAGAGAACUUAAAAGAUGAUGUCAAGGCCAAGGAAGUUGCUAAGAAAGCAUUACAGUGUUUGCAGAAAGCUGUAAGUUUUGAUGUCUCUAACCAUCUCCACUGGACAGCUUUGGGUGUCAUCGCUUCUUCCAAAUAUAUAAAUAAUGCUAAGUUAUCACAGCAUGCAUUUAUCAAAUCAAUCAAUGCUGAAAAUAAUAAUGUUGUUGCCUGGACUAACUUGGGUGUGUUGUAUCUUGUCCAUCAUCAAGUUGAGUUGGCGCACAAAGCAUUUAAAAUAGCCCAGUCUUUAGAACCAUCUUACGUGGCUUGCUGGAUUGGACAGGCAUUGAUUGCUGAAAGCAUCGGUAGUCAAGAAGCAAUGGAUCUAUUCAGACAUGCAACUGAACUAGGCACCCAUUUAGAAGGAUGCCUUGGUUAUGCCCACUGGGUAUGUAAUACUAUAUUUGAUGAAAAAGUUGAUAAGACGUCAGAAUAUUAUAAAUAUAAUAUCAUACAGAUGAGGGCUGUAACUGCGGCUGUGGUUGCCAUGGCGAAAUACACAGAUAGAGUACAUUCUGACUCUACUGCCUACAAUAUGUACGGUGUAUUACUAGAACACACAGGACUCUCUCAACAAUCUGAGUCUAGUCUUGGAAAGGCUGUCCAGUUAUUACAAGAGAGUGGUAAUACAACACAGCUAAAUAUAGUGUUAUCAAACCAUGCAAAGAUGUUAUGUGCAAUUGGAAAGUAUGAAGAGUCUGUCUCUGUAUAUCUGUCUAUUAAGCCAUUAAGUGAUGUCAACGACAUCUGUGGAUUGGCUGCGGCAUUGUAUAAAAGUAACAAAUUGAAAGAAAGUUAUCAAGCAUUUGAACAGGCUUUACAAGUGGCUACCAAUGACGGUGACAAGUCGAGUAUACUGGCAGCCAUGGGAAUGGUAUCAUAUCACUUCAACGAUGUCGAUAGAGCUAAAACCUUGCUAUUUAAAUGUUCACAGUUUUCCCCAUCCUGUACGCAUGGUAUACUGGCUCUGUGUGCCUUGGGUUUACGACAAGGUGAUUACACCCUAGCAUCAGCAGCUCUCACAGAACUACUGAAACUUGGCGAUAAUGACCAAUUGUCUGCCGACAUCUCUUUCAUGUCAGCAUGUCUGUAUGCAUUGCAGGGGAGUUACAUCACUGCAAAGAACCAAAUUCUCAAAUCAAUUCACAGGUUCCCAUGGCGAGCUAUUCUUUGGCAACAGGCUUCCAAAUUUAUACUGCAAUAUAUACCAGACAAGGCCAAGGUAGCCGUAAAUUGUGGCAAAGUCGCUAAUAUACAUGGUAUCACCGAAUGCAAGAAAUCACAUUCUGUACUUGCUAUGUGUCAGUUAGCUGCUGGUGAUCAUUCUAAUCGUAACCAUGGUAACAAUGCCAUUAAAACUGCACAAAAAAUGGUCCAUCGUAAUCCAGGUGAUCUUCAACAAUGGGCACAGCUAGCUGCUUGUUGCUAUGCCGAUGAGUGUAACCGCCAGGCUAUGACAACGACAUCCAUUGCAGAUGGUAGUUUGAGUUUCAACCUGUCUCAAAAUGUUGUUCAGCAAGCUGAAAGAAACUCUGAUGGGAGUGGGUUGAGGCUACUGCACUGGGCUGUUAAAAUGUCAGCUGAAAGUCUGUUAUUAUCUGGAAAUAACAAGAAAGCAAAUGAUUUUAUUCAAAAGGCGAUGUCUUUGUACAGCUCUUCCCCUCAGCUGAUGUCACAAUUAGAAUUGUUAUUUGCGAAGUCUCUUACAACGCAACAUAUGAGUGAUGAUGAUUUAGAUAUUCUGAGGAAUUCUGUUAUAAAAGAGGCCAGCUCAGCGCAGGCCUGGCAGAUAUUAGCUGAAGUGUACACGUGUAAAGAAAUGAUGGUUGCUGCAGAGAUGUGUUAUCGCCAGAGUCUACAGAUGUCGAGGUCAGCUAAAACAGUACCUCUUAUUAGACUUGCAAACCUGGCCAUGAUGUUAUCAAGGCCUGGUGAGGCCAAUACAGAUACAUGGUCUUCCCUUUGUCAUGAGGCAACCAAUGAAGUAUUAAAGAUACAGCCACAGUGUUCCACAGCUCUCUUACUGCAAGGGAUUAUGCAAUAUUACAAGAAGAACCACAGGCAUGUAAAGAAAUGUCUGCAUCGAGUGAUAGAUCUUGGAGCUGGUUAUGCUGUAUCUGUUGCCAGAUUAUAUCUGAUUCAACUGUAUUUAGAAAAGAAUGAAACACAGGCUGUUAAGGUAUAUAAUCAGAUGAUGUCAAGAACCUUUUAG